GGGGAUGGCAAAUCAAACAUACAUACACAGUACAUACAUACAUAUAUAGCAUAUAUAUAUAUGGGGGUGGUAAGUGUAUGUACUAUGCAUGUGCAAAUGCACGAAUGGAAACAAGGAUGGAUGGGGAGAGGAUUAGCAGUACUUUGGGAUUUGGAGAGGAAAUUACUUUGGGGAGGGGAGAUUUCGCUAUUGGGGUGUGUAUGUAUGUAUGUAUGUAUGUAUGUGUCCGGAACAAGGUAAGUAAUUUUGGGCUAUGAAGAUAGAUGGUGAUGGAUGGUAU